CGAAUCGUUGAAGAUGCUGAGAUGAAAGAUGCCGUCAGUUCUACUCCCCAGGCAAACACUACUCUUAAGAGGGGCGCAUCGAGGGGGAGUAGAGCAGCUGCAGCGGAAUCCGUCUCCAAGGCCAAGAAGACCCGGGUGGAGACUUCGCCGCCUGCACAACCGUUGUCUGUAAACCCCAGGGAUACGAAAACCCCACGUGGUCCGAAGUCUGUCGAGGCUGCACCGUCUCAGCCCGAGCAACUUAAAACUCCGGUCAGAAAAACUCCUCCUGCAUCUGCGGUCCCCGUCCUUAAUCAGACAUACAAAAAGCCAAAUAAAUCUACCAAUGCUCAAGGACCUUUCGUGGGUCUUACGUCUCCAACGGUUGCGUUAUUUGGAGAUACGCAGCACACGCCACCAAAGGCAGUUGCCAAUCCAGCGAUCCGAAUUGCCAAAUUGUCUCUUCCAAAGGUAUAUUGA